AUGGCGGAGGACAAGUGUGCGAUCGCCAAGGAUGUAACUGAAUUAAUUGGUAAAACCCCAUUGGUGUUUCUCAAUAAUGUUGUGGACGGUUGUGUAGCUCGUGUUGCUGCCAAACUGGAAAUGAUGGAGCCGUGCUCCAGCGUUAAAGACAGGAUUGGUUAUAGCAUGAUAGCUGAUGCUGAGGAGAAGGGCCUUAUCAAACCAGGGCAGAGUGUCCUUAUUGAGCCUACAAGUGGCAACACUGGCAUUGGGUUGGCCUUCAUGGCUGCAGCUAAGGGUUACAGGCUUAUCAUCACCAUGCCUGCUUCAAUGAGUCUUGAAAGAAGAAUUAUCCUUCGAGCUUUUGGUGCUGAGUUGGUGCUCACUGAUCCUGCUAAAGGAAUGAAAGGUGCUGUUCAGAAGGCUGAAGAGAUAUUGUCCAAGACACCCAAUGCUUACAUUCUACAGCAGUUUGAAAACCCUGCAAAUCCGAAGAUACAUUAUGAAGCCACUGGACCAGAGAUCUGGAAAGGCACAGAUGGGAAAAUUGAUGCCCUGGUUUCUGGGAUAGGUACAGGAGGUACCAUAACAGGUGCAGGCAAAUUUCUCAAAGAGAAGAAUCCUAACAUAAAGCUGUAUGGUAUUGAACCUGUUGAAAGUCCUGUUCUAUCUGGAGGAAAGCCUGGUCCUCAUAAGAUCCAAGGAAUUGGUGCUGGUUUUAUUCCUGGUGUACUGGAAGUUGGUCUCAUUGAUGAAGUUGUUCAAGUAGCUAGUGAUGAAGCCAUUGAAAUUGCAAAGCAAGUUGCAUUAAAAGAAGGGCUUCUUGUGGGGAUAUCAUCUGGUGCUGCGACUGCAGCAGCCAUCAAGAUUGCAAAAAGGCCAGAAAACGCUGGAAAACUUAUUGUUGUAAGCAUGCUGACAUUUUUUCAAAAUUCUCAAUAUAACAGAGCUUAUGGACAUUUGUGGCAGUGGCUCAAUUUUCAUUUACCGUUCUCCUCGUGGGAAGUUGGGAACUCAAAUCCUGGCAAAGGAAAAUUUUUCAGCUCAUUGCCAGUGAUUUACCCAAGCUUUGGCGAGAGGUAUUUAUCCUCCGUUCUGUUUGACUCGGUGAGAAAGGAAGCAGAAAGCAUGACCUUUGAGUCCUGA